AUGAUUCAUUUAUACAAACGAAAACUCUCUGCAACUUCACACAAAUUUGUUGAAGUAAAAGAUUCGACGCUUACUGCGACUACUCCAAAUACUCCAAAUACUCCAAAUAGCAUUUCUACAAAUGUAUCGAGUACAUCAAGUCAAACUGAAGAUGAUUAUAUGAAUUCUGAUCAAUUACCUUCCACGCAAAGAUCUUCGGUAUCUUCAAUCAUAGCAAUUGAAGUUAUGACUGAUACUUUAUCAAAUUUAAUGCGUGCUCAAGGUGGUGAAAUUGAAGUUUCUACUCCAACAGCUACUUUUAACGAUGCUUUCGAUCAUGGAACAAUAUUAUUUAAAGUAAAAUCUUUGGAUAAUGAAAUUAAAGAAAAACAUCCUUCAAAUAGUAGAUGUAAUUUUCGACAUUUGGUUUCUUCAUUUUUUGGAAAAAUGAACCCUGAAACAUUAAAUAAACAUGUCACUAAACUUAUUACAGUCUUAUCUAUGAAUACAGGAAUAUCGAUAUUUCAUGGACCUACUAUAUUUGGUUAUCAAUAG